AUGUCUGGCAUCUGGUGCGGCAGAGGCGACAAUGCGCGCAAGUUCGCGAAGAGGCCGGCUGUGAUCUGCUACAACAGCCCGGAGGCAGCGCGAGUGAACAAGCAGCUGUACGACUCGCUGCGACACGAGGCGCUGCUGGGCGAGAUGGUGCAGGACCUCACGGUGCCCAAGAGGUCUGCCAGGACCUGGACCGUGCGUCGAGGCGAGCUGUGCAGGAUCUCUGUGGUGGAGGGCUCCCAGGUUGGAGAUGCCAACUUCUGGAAUCUGCACAACCCAAAAGAAAGAUUUUACUCAGGUAAAACACGCCAGCUUCAUUCCACUCACCUCACCACCUACGACAGACUCUGGAGCAACCUGCCGUACUUGCGGCCCAUGGCUACCGUGGUUGCCGACUCCAUCCAGUACGGCAUCGACGAGGAUGGCGCCAGUUUGCACGAUGUGGUCGGUACGCGCUGUGACGACUACACCAAGCUGAUCACCGGCAAGGACCGGGCCAUGUCCUGCCACACCUACCUGACCAGAGCCGCCGAGCUGGCGGGGCUGACCGAGGACCAUGUGCACGACGUCUGGUAAAUUAAAAUGUGUGGUGGUUUUCUCCGUGACACAAACCAGUACUUCGCUAAGGCAACCCCGGCCCAAAAAGGAGAUUACAUAGAAUUCAUUGCUGAAAUUGAUUUACUAGCGGCAAUUUCUGCAUGCCCACAUGGUGAUGUGUCGUUAGUUGUGGGGCAAGAAGUGCCAGAGAGCUUGUGCCAUCCGCUGGGAGUGCAAGUGUUCCAGGCUACCAACCCGACUGUGAAGUUACCAUGA